AUGAAUGAUAACCUGUUUGCCAGUUUGGACAGGCUUUUGUUAGAAUUUGUUUUCCAGUAUGAGCAAGACAUAAGUAAUAAAGAAGAUACGAUUCAAAGAAUUAAUAAAUGCCUUGAAAGUAUUAAAGAAAACAAAGCAAAUGUUUCUAAGAUAUGUGAAGCUAUUAAAAAAAUAGAUGAGGACAUUGCUUUUUACUGUAAACACAGUAAAGAAAUCAAAGACAGCUGUAGUAACUGGAAGCCAACAUGUGAUGUUUUUCAUAAACAUGAAGAUUAUAUAAAAAACCAACUUACUGCUUACCAAGAAACCAAUGAGAAAGACAAAAAGAUGUAUCAUGAUUAUAUAUGUCAGUAUGAAGAUGUUUUGAAACAAUAUCAACUAAAAUACUCAGAAACACGUUUUUCAUGUAAAUAUUAUGAGAAGAAAAAAGAACAUGAAGAAAUUAAAAAUAGAGUGUUGGCAUGUACUGAACAACUACAAUUGAAUGAAACUAUUCUUAUGAAAUUUCUAGUGCCUGCUCCUUUCCCAACUCUUACUAAAUGGACACUUUACAUAGUUAAUUUGAGAUACAAAACACAAGAUAUUCUUAAAUGUGCCAACAAUUUUACCAAAAGAUCAUUUGAAUUGGAGAAAGAAGCAGAUGAUAUGGAAAUAGAAAUUAAUUCUUUAAAUAAGCAGAUGGCAAGACUUUUUGAAAGUAAAAAAUGUACAGAAGCUCUAGAUGAAAAGAACAAAAAUAAAGAAAAGAGAAAAGAAUUUGAAGAGAGGGAUAGAAUUUUUGAAAAAGAUGAGCAAGUAUCAAACAAAAGCUCUCAAAAUAGCCAGUUGUUACUGCCAUGUGAGUCGCGGAAUUUUGUAAGACUAAUAAAUAUGAAUUCUUCAGAACCAAGAGUUACAGAAGAAAGCUCAGCCAAUCAGUCAAAGUUUGUUAGAAAUGACUUGAGACAAAAAGAAAAUGAUCUGCAGAUAUUUCAUGACUCUGGUAUGGAUAGUAAUUCAAAAGCUUCACAUGUUCCAGCUGUUAAAAGUUCACAAGGUUUUAUGCAAUUCAGAUCCCAAGGUGCAGAAUGUGGAGAUAAAGAGACAGAAGGACAUCUAAGAGAAUCAAAACAUAGUACACAGACCCUAUACAUAGAACACUUUGGAAAGUCAAUAGAAAAUAAUAGUGUUGAAGAAGACAGAGCUGAGAAUUUUCCACAAACUCCUGAUACUCCUUCAUUUCUAAGAACUCCUGAAGCUCUGAAGACGCCUGAAUCUGUGGAGAAAAUGCAGUUCCCUAAAAGCCCCUUCUUUGAAAUUAACAGAACUAAAAAUGCACCAUCUGAAGGACAGAAACAAAAGGAUUCUCCUGGAUUUUCAUUUCUUAUGAGUUAUACAUCUAGAUCACCUGGACUUAAUUUAUUUGAUUCUUCUGUAUCUGAUUCAGAAAUCUCAUCAGAUCAGUUUAAUGAACAUUACUCUGCAGUAAAUCUAAAUCCUCCUUCAUCACAGCAAGGAAUUGGAAAUUUAUUUGGGAAAUCAGAAGAAGAUGCCUUCACAUUUUCUUUUUCAUCAGACUCUUCUCACACAUUUGGAGCUGGAAAAGAUGACUUUAGUUUUCCAUUUUCUUUUGAACAGGAUCAAAGCACAAUGUCUUCCUCUUCCUCAAAAGAUUUUUCAUCCUCACAAAAUAAAACACAAUUUAUGUUUUUUUGA